AAUAAAAAUGAUGACAAAUAACAAGUAUUUCGGUGGCAAUUAUAGUAACAUAAUAUCAUUAAUUAUGUUACAUAUGAUUGCAUUUCUUGUAUUAUGUAAUUUUGGUUUCUUUAUGACCGAAACAUCGGCGGCACAAAAGUUUUAUCCGAAUGGCAGAUAUGGUCGCAGAUCUGUUUUACCGCCGCUUAUGGCUUUGGACAACACCGACGAUGCCAUCACUUUCAUAGGAAAUAUAGCGCCAAACACUAAGUUUCCCAAAACUCAUCCAUUGAAUGACCAGACAAUGACUUUGCUUUGUUAUACAGGGUUUGGAAACUAUCUCAGGUGUAAUAUCAGAGAGACGUUAUCGGAUGCUUUGGAUAGAAGUAAUAAUGAAAGUCAACAAUAAUUUUUAAUAUU